GAUCAUAGUUUCGGGUUCGACGACUGUUAUCAAAAUUGGUGGCAAAUCGAUCACCAUAGUACAGUCUUAGUAGUCUUUUGGGGCGGCUCAGAUAGGCAUAUAGCCUCGAACACAUUGCUCAAGGACACACAUUCAUGAACACCCCCUCGCCGCCCAAUUAUUUUUUAUUUUAUUUUGUAUCCGUCAUAUAUUGCCUAAGCAAGCAAGCAAGCAAGCAAGCAAGCACAGCUCCUGCAAUCGAACAACAAUAUAAUCCCCCGAUGCAUGUACAAAUGUUGUGUAAGCUGUAUUCUCGUUUUUUAUUAUUACCAAAGAUGCUAAACCAAUUUAAUAUACACGUAUAUCAUAAGGCUGGUCAGUAGGGGUAGCAGGAAAGGAAGGAAAAGUAGGCAAGAUCAGCCCUUCUUUUUUAAUAAUGAUGAUCGUGUGUGUGUAUGUGGA